GCCUUUGAGAGCCAGUUUGCUGUAGUGGUUAAGUGUGUGGACUCUUAAUCUGGGAGAACUGGGUUUGAUUCCCCACUCCUCCACUUGCACCUGCUGGAAUGGCCUUGGGUCAGCCAUAGCUCUGACAGAGGUUGGUCCUUGAAAGGGCAGCUGCUGUGAGAGCCCUCUCAGCCUCACCUACCUCACAGGGUGUCUGUUGUGGGGGAGGAAGAUAAAGGAGAUUGUGAGCCACUCUGAGAUUCAGAGUAGAGUGGCGGGAUAGAAAUCCAGUAUCAUCUUAAUCUUCUUUUCUCCAGGGGAACUGAUUUAUAGUCAGGAAACCCCUUGCAAUUAAUUCCUAGAGAACUCCGGACCCUGGCAGUUAAGAGGAUUCCUGUGACUUUGCGGUACGCUUAACAUGAUGACGGCCAUCUUGGAACGGAUUAGCACCCUGUCCCUCAGCGGGCAGCAGUUUUGCCGCCUCCCAAAGCUUCUGGAAGACGGCUUCCCCAAAAUGCCCUGCACUGUCAAAGAAUCGGACGUGCCCCAGCUCUUCCGGGAGCCCUACAUCCAAACCGGCUACCGCCCCACGGGUCAAGAGUGGCGCUAUUAUUUCUUCAGCCUCUUUCAGAAACACAACGAGGUGGUCAACGUCUGGACCCACUUGCUGGCCGCCAUGGCGGUGCUCUUGAGGUUUAAAGCUUUCGCCGAAGCCGAGGAGCUCUCCUUGGAGGUCCGCUCCUUACCUCUCUUCGUCUUCGUGCUCUCCUCGGUGACGUACCUCACGUGCAGCCUCUUGGCUCACCUCUUGCAGUCCAAGUCGGAGAUGUCGCACUACACGUUCUACUUCGUGGACUACGUCGGGGUCAGCAUCUAUCAGUACGGGAGCGCUCUGGCGCAUUUCUACUACAGUGCCGACCAAGCGUGGUACGACCGGUUCUGGCUCUUCUUCCUGCCGGCGGCUGCGUUCUGUGGCUGGCUCUCGUGCACCGGCUGCUGCUACGCCAAGUACCGUUACCGGCGCCCUUACCCCGUCAUGAGAAAACUCUGUCAGGUGAUCCCAGCGGGGCUGGCGUUUGUCUUGGACAUCAGCCCGGUGGCCCACCGCGUGGUCGGGUGCCACCUCGAAGGGUGCGAGGAGGCGGCCGCCUGGUACCACACCUUCCAGAUACUUUUCUUCCUCAUCAGCGCGUAUUUCUUCUCGUGCCCGGUUCCCGAGAAGUAUUUCCCGGGUUCCUGCGAUAUCGUCGGCCAUGCCCACCAGAUUUUCCACACCUUUCUGGCCAUCUGUACGCUCUCGCAACAGGAGGCCAUUUUCUUGGAUUACAAAAACAGGCAAGACAUUUUCCUCAGGAGACACAGCGCCCUCUCCGUCGUCUUGUCCUGCGCCUCCUUCUUUGGCCUCGUGGCCUGCAGUGCCGCCACCGCGUACAUCUUGCAGCGCAGGAUUAAGGUGGAAUUGGCCCAAAAGGAAAACUGAGGCUGGGCAGGGCUCGGUCCCAGUCGGCUUAAAUCAAACCAGCAAAAUCGACUUUCGUCGAAAGACUGUAAUAUAAGUGAAUUUAACAAUGCGGUUUGCCUCAGUAAAUUAUAACCAAGGAAUUA